UAGAAAUAUUAAAUCUCUUUUUUUUGCCAGGUUUAAAACAUCCUCCUAGACGCACAUCUGAAUGCAUAGUGAAUGCAGAAUGUACUGAAGACACUCUGAGGCUUGCGUUUGGAGACAAAACCUCAUAUUUUUGAUAACAUUCCGUUAUGUUGGCUUAAUGUACAAUGAAAGUAAGGCCUGCAUGAAGGCGUAACAUACAUAAGCACUUUUAACCCCUUAUCUUCACAGUUGCUCUGUCACAGUGAGGCAAGGCUGGUUUAGUUGGAAGAGUUUAUUCUAGGAACUUGGUCUUUAAGAAGAUACAGCUGAGGUUGCACAGCUUAAUGGGAGGUGAAGACUUGCAUAUGCCUCUGGCAUAGUUAUAUUCAUUUUUCUCUUGAUUAUCUCUGUCUUCUGCUCUGGACAAUGAUUAUUUUCCAGCAAAAACUUUUACACUUGGUCAAGUGUUUCAGAAGACAAUGGCCUUUAUUUUCCAACUCUGAAAGGACUACUGUGUGUGGAGCAGACUGCAUGUUGAUGGCAUUACAACUGUCCAUGGCUGAAGUCAAUAAACAGUACCAUGGAUACUUCACCGUAUCACUCAGUGAUGUGUUGGAAACUUGGAACUAUUUGUUACGUGACAAACUGGGAUGCAGUUAUGAAAACAUGAAAGAACCUGAAAAUUAUGCCGAUGUGAAAAAAGCCUAUCAUGCCUUCUUAGCAAGAAGCAAUAUGUUAGAUUUAAUAGACAUAUAUCAGAAGUGCCAUGGCCUUGGACUUUUAGCUGAAGAUGAAAGCAUAUCCCCUGUUCAACUGUUGGAAUUUAUUUCUGGUGUGAUGAAUGCACAAGAAAAAAAUGGUUCUGUUCUUUCUACUCCUACACGAAUCAACAGAUGGGGCCAGGAGCAUAUGAAGGUGACAAUCCUGGCAAAGAAGCUUGUCUGUUCAUAUUUAAGCCUUUUGGUGAAUUCUAAGGAUGAUCUGGCACUGGCUCAUAUUCUAAAUGUUCCUGACAGAGGACUUGGUAGAGAAGCUUUCACUAACCUGAAACAUGCCUCACAGGAGAGAAAAAUGUCGAUUUUCCUGAUGGCAACAUCUUUUGUUCGGACCGUAGAACUUGGGGGAAGAGCCUCUGCAUCUCCUUUGUAUGAUCCUUUAAGAGCCCAUGUAAAAGGGCUUUCCAACUUUGUUAAUUUUAUCGACAAGCUGCAAGAAAUUCUUGGUGAAAUCUUAAAUACAAGAAUUGCAGGGGGCCGAAUUCUGUCAACAGUGAAGAUGCAUUUGAUAAAAGACCGAAGCAAUGGGGAUCCUUUCUGUCAGGCAGUAGAGGAAGUUGUACAAGAUUUGGAUUUGAAGAUUAAAAAUAUUGUUGAUUCACAACAGGAAACCUUGACUGCUAGCACUACUGGAGUCAGUCCAGCACGGCCAAAAUUGCAUUCUGUAAAUCAUGGCACUGCAUAUUGUGGCAGAGAUACUGUAAAGGCCUUGCUAGUUCUUCUGGACGAAGAAGCUGUUAAUCCUCCUACCUGGAACAAAGCAGAUCUGUUGUGUGACAAUGAAAGUUUAAAUCUGUGUGGCAUCACCUCUGUUUUGACACUAUUCAGCUCUCCGGCUCGAUCCAAUGGGUCUUCUCCAAAACCUCUUAGACAACGUAUUCUGAAAUCUAUGGAUGAAAAAGUAAUCAAGAUGAAGCAAUCUUCAAUUAAAUCCCAGUUUGCCUGUACAUAUAAAAAUGAUUUGAGUGAAAUGAGUGGUCGGCAUUCCCAUGGAAUUCCAACCUGCAAACGUCCUGUUGUACCAAAGCAACAUUUAAAAGCUGGGAAUUGCACAGAAGGUACAAAUUCAUGUCUUGAUGUACCAGGGCUUGGAACUAUUUCUGAAAGUGUUCACCAGACUAGAAGUUGUGCAGAAAUGGAAAAGCUGAGUUGUCAGCCAAGGAACAAGAACUCCGAGAAUGAACAGAUGGAUUUGAAGAACGACAAAAUAAUCUCUGACAAGGAAAGUGAACUAUCUUUGCAAAAAAAUACUAAAAGACUUAAGACUUCAAACAGCUCUGAGAAGGAAUUGGACAGCAGAAUUGGUGGAAAAAGAAAACAGACCAAAACUGCACGUAAGAAUAAAUUGAUUGCUGGUCAGACAAAAUUAACUCGCUUUUUUCAAGUCUAAGUUUUUGUUUUCACAUACAUAGUAUGUUGACACUUGUAAAAUUUUACAAGAAAAUGGGUGAAAUUAAUGAAUUACUUC